AAGUUUGCCGAUUAUUAGAGAAAGAGCAUGAGAAAACUUUAAAGACUAUAGACCUUGCUAAUAUUACAGAAAAAAGAGUUCAAAAAUUGACACGAGUUAUAUAUAAUAGAAGUCCUUCUUUUCCUUCUAAAAUGUCAAGUUCUCGUUUAGAAUUUGAUAAUGAGAUUUUAGAUAAUUUAGGGGAUAAUACUGAUGUUUCAAAAGAUUCUAUGUCUGAUUUUCCAUCCUAUAAUGAAGAUAUAGGAGCUACUAAUGAUUAG